AUGUGGCAGCUGCUUCGGGUGCUGCUGCGCAGGUCGCCCUACGGCUGCUACUUGGAAGACGCGACAGACGACGCAGCAUCAGCAGCAGCAGCAGCAGCAGCAGCGGGGGAUGGAACAGCGGCUGCGGCGCCUGAUGGCAGCAGCAGCAGGAGCAGCAGCAGCGGGUUUGGCGUUGCUGCUGCCGAGCUCUGGGCCGCUGCCCCUGUUGACUUCGUUUUGCCCAGGCCUUGUGCUGUACGCAGAGAAGAGUCUGCAGCAGCAGCUGCUGCUGCUGCUGUCUCGAGUCCGCAGCGCGCAGCAAAUCCAGGGGCUGCUGUGCAAGUCGGCCUUCAGGGGGGCCCUGCGGCGCCUGAUGCAGCAGCAGCAGCAGCAGCAGCAGCAGAAGACGGGCUGGGGCCCGGGGACAUUCUGCACGUGUGCAUGAUGCCCUGCUUCGACAAGAAGCUGGAGGCAGCGCGGCCCGAGUUCCAGCGCCCCCAGAAGCAGCAGCAGCAGCAGCAGCAGCAGCAGCAGGACGGCGCGGACGGGUUUUGCUUCGCAGACUCCAUCCUGGCCUUCGGCUGCUGCUGCAGCCAGUGGGCUGAAGUGGAUUUGGUUUUGGCAACUUCGGAACUGCCGCUGCUGCUGGCAGCAGCAAAAAGGUCUUUUAAUUCUCUUCCUGCUGCUCCUCUGGACUGUCUGUUGCCGGGCCCCGCGCUGGGUGCUCGGCCGGCUGCCUGCAGCAGCAGCAGCAGCAGCAGCUGCUGCUGCUGCCGCGGCCAGCAGCAGUUCUGGCCGGCAGCGGGGGCCACUUGGAGUUUUUGUUUACGCAAAUUGCCCGGGGCUUCUUCGGGCAGCAGCUCUCAGCAGCAGCUUUUGAAUUUGUAA